GCCCAACUGAAGAUGGCUCGUGGCCGCCCUGGGAUGGAGCCCAGCGCCUGAGGUCCUUACCAUGGUGAUGAUCCUAAGUAAAAGCCUCGACAACCAGGGAGCCGACGCCAUAGCGUGCAGGACCUUGAACCCUGAGCUGCACACGCCAAAGAAGAUGAGUCAAGGACCGACACUUUUCUCUUGUGGAAUUAUGGAAAAUGACAGAUGGCGCGAGCUGGACAGGAAAUGCCCUCUUCAGAUUGGGCACCCGAGCGCCGGCAUCUGGGAGUGCCUGCCUGAGAAGUGUCAGGACAGCCCCCUGUGGCACCGGGAGGCCGCGACCGCCUGUGCCGUGACCAACCUGAUCAAAGACCUCAGCCUCAGCGACCACAAUGGGAACCCCUCAGCACCCCCCAGCAAGCGCCAGUGCCGGUCACUGUCCUUUUCCGAUGAAAUGUCCAGCUGCCGGACAUCGUGGAGGCCCCUGGGCUCCAAGGUCUGGACCCCCGUAGAGAAGCGCCGCUGUUACAGCGGGGGCAGCGUCCCGCGCUACUCCGCCGGCCUGGGCACCAUGCAGAGGAGCUCCAGCUUCAGCCUCCCCUCCCGGGCCAACGCGCUGUCCUCGCCCUACGACCAGGCGGGAUUCCACCACCGAUUCGGAGGUCAGCCUUGCCAGGCGGCGCCAGGCUCGGCUGCCUGUGGACAGGCGGGCGACCUCUGGAGCCCCGACCCGAGCCCCGGGGGCGGGGGCCGGCUCGACAUGCAGCGGUCCCUGUCCUGCUCCCACGAGCAGUUUUCCUUCGCGGAGUACUGUCCACCCUCAGCCAGCAGCACGCCUGCCUCCACGCCAGAGCUGGCCAGACGCUCCAGCGGGCUGUCCCGGAGCCGCUCGCAGCCGUGUGUCCUGAACGACAAGAAGGCGGGAGUCAAGCGGCGGCGCCCGGAGGAGGUGCAGGAGCAGAGGCCUUCCCUCGACCUGGCUAAAAUGGCACAGAACUGUCAGACCUUCAGCAGCCUCAGCUGCCUGAGUGCGGGGAUGGAAGACUGCGGCCCGCACAGCCCCUUUGCCCUCCACGUCAGCAGCACCAGGUCCUGGACCGCCUUGCUCUCGGCCUCCGCCUCCAGCCUGGGAGGCAGGACCCCCGCCGGGACCCCGGUCCCCGAGCCUCUGCCCCCAGCCUUCGACGACCAGCCGGCCAGCAAGGAGGAGCAGUGCUGUGAGGAGUCGGGCGGCUGCGGCCUGGGCGACGGCUGUGCCCGGAGUUGGGGGCCGGCCUCGGCCUGGCGGGACCGCGGGGCGGCCGGGAACAGCCCCUGCUCCCUGGACGGCGAGUUGGACAUUGAACAGAUAGAGAACAACUGAGGGGCGGCGGACACUUGAGGCGGGGAGCCCCCCGCAGGCCCGGCCACGCCGCACAGCCGCCCGCCCCCGCACCUCACCGGCACAGCGGCCACGGCCACGGCCAUCCAAGGGGCCGCGGGAGCCUGAGAGCAGCUUCGUGGGCUGGGCCCCUUCCCCCCUGUUCCUCGCCAGCCGCCCUGCCGGGUCCCGCAGGGUCCGCUGCUCUGUGCUCUGUGGGGCUGGCGGGGGUGGGCGCGUGCUCAGGGCCGUCUGGCGGGGUCGGGCCCUUCCCGGCCUCCUGCUCAGGUUCAUUUCCGGGGGGUCGGCCCCACAGCCUCCUUCAGUCCGUUGUAUUCCGUGCCUUCUCUCCCAGGUCUCCCUGCUUCAGGCUUGGGAAGGUUCGGGAGACGCUUUCCUUUGUAGUAACAUCAGAACCAUUUGGCCUUAAUUCCAAGUGUGGGAGACCGAGGCCCUGGGGUGCCGGGGUGAGGGGGCACCAUGUCGGAACUCUGGGGGCCUGGGGAACAGCUCGGGCUGCUUGUUGGAGGCGUCUGCGUUGGGUAGACGUGGGUGGGUCUGUUGGUGAAAAGACAGAACUCUCUGCCUCUCCCGUGGCGUGGAGAGCCUGACCCUGUGGCUCUCUGCCGCUCCGGGAACCGCUUGGGCAGGGCUGGCACGUGACAGCCAUUCUCUGUGGCCAACCUGUCCCUGGGGGAUCAGCUGGAUUCAGGUGAGCCGGGAGAGGUCACCAGUAACGGGCAACCUCUUGAAAACGUCCUCGGGAGGCAGGAGCUGUGAGCAGGUCCGUGCACCCAGGCCCUGUGCACGUUUCAGGGGUGGAGGCAGCCUGUGGGCUGGACCGGGGACCCGCAAGGCUGCCUGCCGUAUUCGAAGCACACUGGCGCUGGUUGGUGGGAUGCUGGCCUUCAUCCCAGUGCACCCCCCGCCCCCGACAAGCGCCCCUGCUGCUCAGCCCAGGGAGCAGAGCGCCUCCCCGCAGCGUCCCUAUGGCGGGCACAGAGUGCAGGGCGCAUGCACGGUCCCCAGCUCCAGGCACCCCUGCGGAUGCCCUGCUGCAGGGGAGCCCCGCCCCGCCCCACCCCUCCCCAACCCCGACCCCCUGAGGUUUCGCUCUCAGGAAGCCCGGCUGGCAGACACACCACACGGGCUCUGCUCUCUUGGACUCUGGCUUGUAGCAAACUUGGCAUCUUCCUCAGACAAUAGCAAUUUUGUCGGCUUAUGAGCAAGUGGCUCCUUUCCCCACUACAGCUAAAAAUAACCGGUGUAUUCUCUUGAGUUUGCUGACACGUAACAAAGGCACAUUCGUAGUCUCCUUGCUUUUGCUCAUCUUCUGUGGACAGUGAAGGCCUCACGUGCACAGAGUGAGUACGAAGGUUCUCACUCUCUUUCCCCAAAAGAAAGACCCUGUUUGGGAAACUGUACUCACAGCUUCACGGUUUGCCUCAAUGAAAAGCGUGGUGCUCAAGUUCUGAUUUCUGGGGUGGUGUUUCUUAAAAAUCAGCCAUAAGAUGCUUGUAGAGAAGAUCUCAAUUCAGUGAACACAAUCCCAGAUUGUGUUCAAAGCCUCAGGUCAGAUAGCAUCAUGGUUGUGUGGACACAGGGAAGGUCCUGGGGCCGGAACCAGUUACCUUCAGUGGCUCCCACCAAAGGCACGUCCCCUCAGGACCCCGAAGAGCCAAAGCAGGGAGCCGGUGGCUCUGGGUGGGCCUGCCAUCAUGCCUCGUCCCCCCCGUAGUAGGUCAUGGAGGCCACAUCUUCUUAGAGCAAAGCCAGCGGGGGCUGGGGUCAUUGAGUUACAAACUGGGAGAGCACACUCUGGGGACUCCUGUCCUCAGAAACCUUGGCACCCAGUACUGGCACCCAGCCCACACCAAGAGGGGCCACUGAGGGAGUGUGGUCUCUUAAACCUCCUUCCUGUGGAAGGAGAGGCGGGGGUCCCAUCUCCUGGUCCACAGCACAGUGAGGGACUGAGGUGAGCCAGACGGGCCUGAGUGGUGACCCCCCCCACCGGCUGCCUUUCCUCAGGGUCAGCUGGGCAGGCACCUGAGGUGGUGGGUAUGUGGCACAGCGCCGUGGGGUGGGCGACCUGCCUGCAUACCCCACCCACCAGCUGCUUCCCCGUUCUCAGGCCUUGUGGCAAGGAAGGCCAAGCCUUCCCACCUCUGCCCUAGCUGGUCCCGUCGACCCUCAAACCCAGUCCUGUGGCACUUUCGGGCAAAAGCUACUCCAGCCCCAGGCAGGGUUUGGCCCUCCAGCCUCCUCAGGCCCGUCUUUGCUGUCCUCAGUCCUGCCAAAGCUCCUAGCGCAAGCCCACAGCAGCAGUGGGGGGAGAGUGGCCACUGUCCCUUCUGCUCCGAGAAAGAAAUGCCCUCCGGUCGUCUCACGUUCCCCUUUGGCUGGAGCGCCCGCCCUGUGCAGAAGGUACCGCUCUGCCGUCCAGGCAGGCGUGUCCGGCUCGGCCCUGCUGACGCCGGGACUUCUGGUCUGGAGGCUCUUGGAGGGAGGCUCGCCCGGGAGCUCCCUCUGGCUGCGUGUGCCUGUCCCCGCGGGGCCGUGGGCGGGCUGGCACGCUCGCCAGGAGGAGCCCCGUCAGCGUCCAGGCCCUGCCUCUCCUAGGGGAUGCCUGUGAGCUCCUGCCUCUGAAGGAGACCCAGGGAGUUCCGAGCUGGAAGGGAGGCCUGGACUAGCCGCCUGCCUGCCCGGGGACCCUGAAGGAUGAACGCAGCGUUGUAGCUCCCAGAGAGCAGGGUGGGGAGGAGAGGCUCCCUGUUGCGUGUGUCCCGACCUGCUCCAGAAGGAGCAUCUGCUACGGCCAUAGGACUGACAAGAGCCGCUGUCUGCCCGCAGGGCCUGGGCCGGGCCGGGGUCGGUGGCCUUAACCGUUUACCACAAACCCUCUUGCCUUACUCGCGGUGGAGGCCGGGGCUGGCGCGGGGCCCGCAGGCAGACACGAUGUCCAGGCCACGGGGGCGCUUGUGCCGAUCACCCAUAGAUUUUCAUUCUCAGAAAGCCUUACUCGUCAUCAAAAUGUUUGUAGCAGGAAAGUUUUGUGAAUUUGUACACGGAAAGAAAAUUUAAAUAAAGGAAAAGUCCACGUUGAAAAGAAAAUCCCAGUGUUCAAAUGGGUCUCCUAGUGCACAGGGUGGCGCGCGAGCUCCCUGCUCCAGCGGAGGCUUCCCUGGGCGGCGGGUUCGGGCCGCUGCGGGUCUCAGGGAGCUUCCGUGGUAUUUAACACAGAGCCCUGGACGCUCUGCCGUGGGCCCGGCCUGCACCUCCACAUCUGCCCGUGAGGUUCAAGUCACGCGCACUCCGUGGCCAGCUGGGCCGUGGCUGCCGUGGCCCAGGCACUCCGCCCCCCACCCCGCCCCGUACAGGUAGUUACGCCGCAUCUUGCCACAGCCGCGCAGCUGGUCAAACCUCUCCUGCUGGCUCCAGUCAGAGAAGACAUUGCCUAAUCUUUAAAGAGAAACGAUAAUGCAAACCGCCCCCCAGACCACAGCAGAGAUCUCGUAGGCUAGGUAGGAUAGUCUGUUUUAGCAUAGUCUCUUUGGCAAAUAGGUUGUGUUUUCAGUGCGUGGAGGAGAUGUCCCAGGAGCUGCUGGGGGGGCUGUAGCGUGCUUUCCAGAGGCUCCGCCCGUGGGGCUGCUGAACCCCCAGUAGUGAGGCAGCCGAGGCGAGUGGCGUUGGGCCAGCCCGCCGGGGGCCGAGCCACAUGCGUGCAGAAGGCACUGGGCCUGCACCCUCGCCCCCGCCCACGGCUGCCUGUCCUCCCACGCGGGCCACAACUGUCUUGCACUAGAGCCGCUCUAGUCUCUCAGGAAUUUGCUUGUUACUCUUACUGUGUAAAUAAAGCUUCCUGGUUCAGUACCCAG